AAUUCCAAGGAACUGGCUGAAAAUCAUGUAACUGACGAUCUUUAACUCAGGAGUCGAGCCGCUGCUGAUUAAAUUACCGUACUCCUUUUUUUAUGAUAUCUGCUGAAAUUAUUGUGGCAAUAAUUGCUGAUGGUUGAGGACCUUCCAAAAGCCUUCUGCUUUUUUUUCUCACGGUUGUGUGCGUGCGAAUGUUGAAUUGAACAGGUAUGUAGCUGACCCGCGGAUCUCUUCUUCUGCAACAAAAUCGUUCUGAUUCAAAAUUCACCAUAUUUUUUUAUUACUUUACUCGUUACUUAUGCAAGAUUAUCCAGCAUGCCUUUUAAAUGAAUAUUCUAGUACCGUACAUAAUUGUUUAGUUCGUGAGCUUUUUGUCAAUGAGGAUUUUUUGUUGAAUCACCGUCGAGCUACUUUUUCGCUCGUUUUUUUCCUUUUCAACAUGUCUCAGAAACGUUUUCCGAGAUUGCAAAUAAGCCCGCACUACGAACACGGUUUUUCUCCGCGAUUGAAGACGGUGUCUAGUUCAGUGCCCAUGGUUGACGCCAGCCACAUGCGCUAUUUUGCUCGCCCGUGUAAGCAAGUGUCGUGUCCGAUAUCCCCGGUGUAUUGGGGCUUCAAAUUGGCGCUGGUGUUGCCGGCGGCACUCAUGUGGCUGCGGAUAUUCGGCUCGGUUAUCAAAUGCGCCGCCGGCGACAGCUGCGUGGACGCCUUGGCCGCCAUUGAGCGGCUGACCUACUCUGGCCUGGGGUGCGCUGCGGAUUCCGCGAGAUUUAAGGCGACGGUGUUACAAGAUGAUGCUGUAGAUGGAGGCGGUUUUGGGGAGCCUGAUUCGAAAAUCUCACUGGGUCUCGGGGCUUGGGUUUCGGCCAUUUACAUGACCAUCUCUUUCCUGGCUGGAACCCUGAUCAUUGUUGCUCACGCCUUUGACGCUCUUAUGUGGGAACUGGCUACUGUACUGGUGACUUUGUGUGAUACGAUGCACAAGUCGAUGCCCGACCCAAGACAAACUCAUGCAACUCUUCUGACAACUUCUCGCGACGUAAUCCAACGCGGUGCCCAGGCCGAGAAUGGUCCCAGCGAGAACCCCGGUUUUAUAAAUAAUGUCACCCAAUCCUCCGACAACGAGGAACCCGUCAAUCGUGUCCCUGAAUCCCUGGCAAUCCCCAUCCAGACAUUGAAUGAGUUGCAUGUGUAUAGUAGACCACCAAAUGACGGCAAGGAAAAGCAUGAGGCGCCGAAAUCCCAGGAGAACCUGGGAUGA